ACCACACGUAUUACGUUCUUGCGCUUUUUCUGGCUUACCAAACGUCUUCUCGUUGUAAGAGUGGUGUUUUUGGUGUUGUAGAACGGUAAUUUACUGAUGCAGAAGAAAUCAUUUUUCACUUUAGUGUCCCUUUAAGUAGAACCAUUUUCAUAAGCCACCAGGUUUCUGCCCCGUAUGUGAGUACUGAUACGGGGUCCCAGAGGGAAAUUCGUGUACGAAGGCCAUGGCAGCUUCGUCACCGCGGAAGGCGAUCGGUUACCGCCUGUCAAACGGCUGGGCCUAAUCGCGGCGGGCAGCGGAGUGACACCGAUGCUGCAGCUGCUGCGAAAUAUCUUCGCAGACAGCUCAGACUGCACGCUUGUGCGCAUGAUCGACGUCAACCACAGCGAGAGCGAAAUCAUCGCACACCGGGAACUCAACGAGUACACCAGGAGACACUCCUCAACGUUCAAGAUCUGCCAUGUGUUGUCCGAGCUGCCCUUCCUGGAGCCGAUGCCAGGCGUUAUUCAAGGACCACUGAACCGCUACAUCAUGGCCGCACACCUUCCUGCUCCAGACUCCAAGUCGCUCAUUCUGUGCUGCGGUCCACCAGCACUCAUGGACAACGUAUGCCGGCCAGCACUUGCGAACAUAGGCUACAAAAAUGAACAAGUUCUUUUUUACUGAGCCAGUCACAAUGAAACGCCACACCCUGUAAACAAUACUUUCUCAACGCUUUAUUGAAUAAACACGCAGCACGUUA